AUGGACUCUCUGAACGCCUUUGUAUCCGACCCACGAUAUCAUGACAUCCUAGCUAUCCUCAAGGGUGCUCGUAACGGCCUGGUCUAUGGAGCCAAAAUCCGAUUUCCACAUGCUUUGGUCAUGACUUUGAUCUUUCAUGGAGAUAGACCAUGGAAGGAUCGUCUUCGGUUUGUGGUCAACGCAACCAGACAACAUGCGUUAAACCUUUGUAAAUUCGUCACCAUUUACAAAACCGCCUUGUUGCUCCAACGAAAAGUGAAUGGAGGAAAAGAAAAGAACGCCGAUACGUUUUUCGCUGGGCUAAUUGGUGGAUGGCUUGUAUUCGGAGAACGAAAUGCCAUCAAUGAGCAAAUCGUGUUGUACUGCGUUUCUAGGGUGGUCUCCUCCUUCUUACCUCGGGCAAGCCCCCCGAGAGCCUCAAGCCAUCCUGGGAUAAUCGUGACACAGAACACUCCUAGUCCUUCAAGUAUCAGACAGCCCCCACUUGCGAAUGAAAACCUUGCUCCAAAUGGAAUGCCCCGGCCACCCGGAUUUCCCUACCCAGCCUCGGUCCCAAUCGAUAAACGAAUAUUUGAAAUCUACGCAGCUCUUACUUGGGGCGCUGUCAUGUGGCUUUUCCGCUGGCGAAGAGAGAGACUGCAAGGUGGUCUGAUCAACAGUAUGCAGUACUUGUAUCUUGAUUCCGAAGUUUGGACUAAUUUGAAGAACCUUCUAUGGCACAACAUUGCGUAA